AUGAGUAUAAUUAACCACAGAGAAAAUGAAGAGAUAGAAAAAGGGUUUACAUCUUCCAUUGACAAGAAUGGUGAUGAACAAAAUAGCCAAAUAAAAGAAGACCAACCAAUGGCUGUUGAUUCAAAUAAAAUUAAAAUUGAAACUAUUCCAGUUAUUGAUGACUCAUUGAAAAAAAGAAGAAACAUUAAAUUAUUGGAUAAAGUGACAUUUGUAAUGUCAUUUGGUAUAGUUUUAUUAACAGAAUAUAUUAUGUUACGAAGAGCAGAAUUAAUACCAAUUUUAUAUUUAAUGUUAUUAAUUCCAUUAGUAACAGCUCGAUUUCUUGUGUAUCGAAUGUCUAAAUGGCAAUUCUUUUUAUUAGAUUUUUGUUAUUACACUAAUGCAGGAGUAAUUACAACAUUAAUAUCUAUUUAUUGUUUUAAUAGUGUAUCACCACUAUUUGAAAUUAUGUUUGUUAAUUGUGCUGGACCUUUAUUAAUGGCAAUUAUAUUAUGGACAAACAGUUUUGUUUUUCAUGACCUUACUAAAUUAACUUCUAUUGUUAUUCAUUUCUUCCCUAAUUUAGUUCUUUACUACCUUCGAUGGAAAAGUUCAUUCCCAAUUCCAGACCACCUUACUUUUCUUACUGGAUUUGUUUAUCCAUUAAUCUUUUAUAUCUCAUGGCAAGUUAUUUAUGUCAUUAUCACAGAAGUGAUUUAUAAAGAUAAAAUUUAUAACGGAGGUUAUAUGACUUCUCUUCGUUGGUUGUGCCAAAUUAAACCACAUAUGCUUCACCAAUUUGUUACUAAAAAAUUAGGAUUAUUUAAAGACUCUCCUUUGAAUGUCAUGAUUUGGACUCAAUUAGUUUAUACUAUAGUAACUUAUAUCCCUGUCUUUUUGUUUUACAAUUACAGAUGGUUACAUAGAACAUGGAUGAUUUUCGUAUUGUUAUGGGCUUCAUACAAUGGUGCUAACUUUUAUUUAGAAAUCUUUAUUAAGAAAUAUGAUACUUAUUUGCAACGUUUCUCACCAGAAAAAGAUCGAGACACACCAAAGUAG